AGUUUAUUUCCCGCCGUAAAGAUUAAAGAUGUUAUUUGCCUAAUAACGACGUAAAAGUUGCUUUAGUAUUUCAUAUUGGGUUUAAUAAUGCUUUGUUAUUGGCGAUUAAAAGAAAAAAAAAAUGUUUUGGUAUGGAGAGCUUGCGUGGUUUCUAUAACUUUUAAGCAUUUGUUUUAUUCAAAAUUAGGCCACGGUCCAAAGAAAGAACGAUGAAUCCAUGAUUCAUAGUACACUUAACUUUUCUUUUCUUGGUUAUGAAUCAAAUGCUACAAUGAUCUUCUGUCACGCACCUCAUUCUCUAAAUUUUUAUUUACUAGUAGAAUUACAACACGCAACUCUCCCAUCACAUGGUGACAAUAUAGUGAAUCUUUUUGAUUUUUGGUAUUUUAUGGUCAAUCAUCAAAUAUCAUGAUCAUAUACUGCAUAUGCUAAAGUUCAAAGGUUUAGAUUCCGACCAUUAAUAGUGACUGUAUAAUCCAAACUUGUACGCACAUACUAAAGCCUUCAAUGUUGUUGUCUAAAACAAAAGUGUAUUGUUCUUGUAGACUAUAAAUGACUCAGAAGAAAAAAAAAACAAAUUAGGUUAUGUUGGUAAUCAUCGAGUCUCAGAAAAUCAAGUUUAUAAAUAGUCUUUUUUUUUUUUUUUGUAACAGGCUUUCAUAUUAAAAUUCAAAAGUAAUAUAAGUAUGAGAUUUUCACUCAUAAGUUUGAUAAAAUAUGCAACAACAAAAAGGGAAACAUAUCCCUAACAGACGAUUCAAAAUUGAAUCGUAAAGAGCAAGUUAAAGAACAUGAUAACAUUAGUGAUAGUUGUUCCCUCGACCGCGACGAUCUCGUUUACCCCUUUCUCUAACGGUUUUUCAUUCCAUAUCUUGAACUUUUUGAGUCGGUUUUAUUGGUCUUCCUCCUCUAGUUGUGCUAUAACCGGAUGUUUCUCCAACCAAUAACAUACCUUCCUCAUUUCUGUUUUGAGAGUGAGGUGAGUCUUGUUUAAAACUGUGCGUGUGUAUUUUACGAGUCAUCUUCCACCUCAACAAACUAAGCAAAGCUCAAAAAUGUAUAGCCGCCCGCAUAAAUUAUUCAGCGUAAAGUUAGUUGCAUCAUCAUUGCCUUUUUUUUUUGCCAUCAACUAAUAACGUUUCCAACAUAAUUAAAUACUAUCGUUCAUAACUAGAACUUUUAUCCAUGUGAAAACGUCACUUACCUAAUUGUUAAUUAAUGGGAAUAUUUCUAUACCAUGUAUCAAUCAUAUUCGUUUCCCAUGUCGAUCUAUAGAUUUAAAUUAUAAACUUUUAGCCUGCCGACUGCCGCCAUCUUGUAUGAUACAUGCCGAUUACAGAGUCGGCUUGUUCUUUUUCAAAACUUUUUUUUGUUGAAUUAUAUAAUGUUUUAGUAUUUGGCAGUGUUGAUAAAGAACCUCCAUUGAUCAUAUUAAUAUAUACACAUUUACCUUCUAGUUUAUUUCCUGCCGUAAAGAUUAAAGAUGUUAUUUGACUAAUAACGUUUUGGUAUGGAGAGCUUGCGUGGUUUCAAUAACUUUUAAGCAUUUGUUUUAUUCAAAAUUAGGCCACGGUCCAAAGAAAGAAUGAUGAAUCCAUGAUUCAUAGUACGCUUAACUUUUCUUUUCUUGGUUAUGAAUCAAAUGCUACAAUGAUCUUCUGUCACGUAAUUAUUUUUCUCUGUAAAUAUCCUAUAUUUAUUUUUAUUUUGUAGGUAAUAUAUAUAUGUUAUUCAUUAAAAAUAUGAACAAUAUUAACCAUUCUAAUUUUUAAUAUUUUUUUUAUUUUGUAAGUAAUUUAUAUAUUUUAUUUAUUAAGUGUAUAAACGAUAUUAAUCAUUCUAAUUUUUUAACGUAAAAAGUCGGAUUGGAAAAAUCACAUUAAUAUAGAUAUUGUUCAACUAUGUACGUAGUUUGGCUUUGUCUUAACUAUUUAAGUUCUUAUAUUAUUGUAAAAAUGUUGAAUAACCUUAAGAAAAAAAAUCGUUUUGAAUCACUAUCUGAAUAGAAUUAAAUUCGACUUCAAAUCUUGGCCAAAAAAUACAAAACUACAAAAUUCCCUCCUUUCCAUUAAUAUUGCUCGAGUCUUCAUUGGUCAAGCAAUAGAUAUUUAAAUAAUACGAUGAAUACGAGUAAAAUGGAAAAAAAAAUGGACAUGCUAGCUGCCAAAACAAAUGGACAUGCUCUUCGUGGAAAGGGACGUGGAAACUUUACAAGAGUUUAUUUUAUCGUCUCUCUACUUUACGUGAAUAUGAGUUAAAAAUGGAAAAUAAAUGGACAUGCCCUUCGUGGAAAGGGACGUGGAAAAUUUCCAAGUGUUUUAUUUUGUCCUCUCCCGACUUUAUCUUAUUUCACUUUUUGUCAUUCUCAAAUUUUCUAAUAAUCACACACGCAUUCAUUGAAUAAAGACAAUGAUAUAUUAAGUGUUUAGUGAAACCUUCUUCCUUAAGCUUCUCUUCUUUUUUAUAUAUCUCUUUCACAUCUCAUUUUCACUCUCUUUAUCUUCAAGAAACACAAAACAGACAGAAAAAAAGAGUGAAAAUGUUUUUCUCCAAGGAUCUUCCAUCACCUACAUCGUUUUUCACAGCUUACGCAUCAAUGGCUGGUUACAUGAUGAUGAUACGAUCAAUGACUCACCAGCUGAUCCCAGGCCCUGUCCAAGAUUUCAUUUACUCUUCUCUACACUCUCUUCUCUUCCGUUCUACUUCCACAACUCUCACUCUAACCAUCGACGACGACAACAUGGGCAUGCACAACGAGAUCUACCAAGCCGCGCAGACUUAUCUCUCGACCAAGAUCAGUCCAGAAGAAGCCAGGCUCAGAAUCAGCAAAGGCCAUAGAGACAAACAUGUCAACUUGUACCUCAGCGACGGAGAAGCCGUCAACGAUGUGUACCAAAACGUGGAGCUAAAAUGGAGGUUUGUCACAGACCGAGGAGACAAGAAAGGCGAUGACGACGGUAGAAGCGAGUACUUCGAGUUGAGUUUCGACAAGAAACACAAAGACUUGAUCUUAAACUCUUAUAUUCCUCACGUGGAGAGCAAAGCUAAAGAGAUUAGAGACGAGAGGAGAAUCUUGAUGCUGCAUUCUCUCAACAGUCUCCGAUGGGAAUCAGUUAUAUUAGAGCAUCCUUCGACUUUCAAAACAAUAGCCAUGGAAAAUGAGCUCAAGCGUGACGUCAUGGAGGAUCUUGACCGGUUCAUUAGAAGGAAAGAUUAUUACAAGAAAGUAGGGAAAGCUUGGAAGAGGGGUUACCUGUUGUACGGACCACCGGGAACUGGGAAGUCUAGUCUGGUUGCGGCUAUGGCUAAUUACCUCAAGUUUGAUGUCUAUGAUCUUCAGCUGGCGAGUGUGAUGCGUGACUCUGAUCUAAGGAGGCUAUUACUCGCGACACGUAACCGGUCGAUUCUUGUGAUUGAAGAUAUCGAUUGUGCGGUCGAUUUUCCCAACAGGUUGGAACAACAACAGCCUGGUGAAGGCAAGAACUGUGGCGACUCUCAGGCACCUUUGACGUUAUCGGGGCUGCUGAAUUUCAUAGACGGGUUAUGGUCAAGCUGUGGAGACGAGCGCAUUAUAAUAUUCACAACGAACCAUAAAGAUAGGCUUGACCCGGCAUUGCUACGUCCAGGUCGUAUGGACAUGCACAUAUACAUGGGACAUUGUACUUUUCAAGGUUUCAAGACCUUAGCCUCUAACUACUUAGGCUUAAACGACACCACAAUGCCACACCGUCUUCACCCGGAGAUCGAGCGAUUGAUGGACGGGGAAGUGAUUACACCAGCACAAGUGGCAGAGGAGCUGAUGAAAAGCGAGGAUGCUGAUGUGGCGCUUGAGGGUUUGGUGAAUGUUUUAGAGAAGAUGAGGUUUAAAGCUAAUGAACUGAGUCCGGUUUUGAAGAAGAAAGAGAGUAGAUUGGAGAGGGAUGAGAUGAGAGCAAGGCCUGAUACUGAAGGGUCUCCUAGGAAGAACAGCAAAAGAAUCAAGAAGCUUGUUCUGUUUUGGACCUAAGACGUGCGCAACAAACUUCUACGGUCCAGUAUUAGUUCACAUAAUUAAGAUAAUGAGAAAAAAUAGACCGAAAGCCUUUACUAUGAUUUUAGUAGAAAAAAGUAAGUAAAUCUGUUUGUCUAUUGAAUUUGGAUGGACAAAGUUCAAUUGUGUAGAAAGAAAUUUGAUCAAAUAGAGUAAAUGAAAGCACUAAUGGGAGCAAUAAUUAUUAUC